CUCGCCCGGCCGCCCGCCUGUCCCGCUCCCUCCCUCCCGGGGAGCCGGAGGAGAGGGGACCAUGCCGGAGCCCGGGCCGGACGCCCCCGGCACGGCUAGCGCGCAGCCCCCGCCGCCGCCGCCCCCGCCUCCUGCGCCCAAGGAGUCCCCGUUCUCCAUCAAGAACCUGCUCAACGGAGACCACCACCGGCCGCCCCCUAAGCCGCAGCCGCCCCCACGGACGCUCUUCGCGCCGGCCUCGGCCGCCGCCGCCGCCGCCGCCGCCGCUGCUGCCGCUGCGGCCAAGGGGGCCCUGGAGGGCGCCGCGGGCUUCGCGCUCUCGCAGGUGGGCGACCUGGCUUUCCCCCGCUUUGAGAUCCCGGCGCAGAGGUUUGCCCUGCCCGCGCACUACCUGGAGCGCUCCCCGGCCUGGUGGUACCCUUACACCCUGACCCCCGCCGGCGGCCACCUCCCGCGACCCGAAGCCUCGGAGAAGGCGCUCCUGCGAGACUCCUCCCCCGCCUCGGGCACCGACCGCGACUCCCCCGAGCCACUGCUCAAGGCCGACCCAGAUCACAAGGAGCUGGACUCCAAGAGCCCGGACGAGAUCAUUCUGGAGGAGAGCGACUCCGAGGAAGGCAAGAAGGAGGGCGAGGCGGCGCCGGGCGCGGCCGGGGCGAACGUAGGGGCGGCAGCGGCGAAGCCGGGCGCCGAGGACUGGAAGAAGGGCGCCGACAGCCCCGAGAAGAAGCCCGCGUGCCGCAAGAAGAAGACGCGCACGGUUUUCUCUCGAAGCCAGGUCUUCCAGCUCGAGUCCACCUUCGACAUGAAGCGCUACCUGAGCAGCUCGGAGCGCGCCGGCCUGGCCGCGUCGCUGCACCUCACCGAGACGCAGGUCAAGAUCUGGUUUCAGAACCGCCGCAACAAGUGGAAGCGGCAGCUGGCGGCGGAGCUGGAGGCGGCCAACCUGAGCCACGCCGCGGCGCAGCGCAUCGUGCGGGUGCCCAUCCUCUACCACGAGAACUCGGCGGCCGAGGGCGCAGCGGCCGCAGCCGCGGGGGCCCCGGUGCCCGUCAGCCAGCCGCUGCUCACUUUCCCUCACCCCGUCUACUACUCGCACCCGGUGGUCUCGUCCGUGCCGCUGCUACGGCCCGUCUGAGGCCCGAGAGGGGAGGGGAAGGGAGCGCCCGGCCCCCUUCCCAAACCCCGGAGGAGACUGGUCCGGGCCGAGGGCGCCGAGACGUCCAGCGGCCUUCGGGAACCGGGGCUUCGGCGCGCAGGGUCCCGGCCUCCCCUCCCCCAGUUGGUAGCGUUUUGUAAGUAUUUGCAAUGCAUUUUCGUGCAAUUCACCCCUAAUGGAUUCGAGGCGCUUCCCGUCUUACUUUUGGUUUUGGUUUAUAUUAAGAGAGAGCAGAAAAAAGACAAAAUUCCCGGGUCAAAUAUUUAGGCUGAAAGCUUUUGUAAAAUGUGCAACUCUCCCCCCAAAUUUGCAUUGCGCUGUGGCUUUUUGGGUUUUAUUUUUGUAAAACGAAAAUAAGCGCAAAAGCCUGAACCCCUCUGAUUUAUUCAUUUUCUAUAGAACUAUUUUCAGAAGUUCAGAGAGAGAGAGAGAGAGAAGUCACACUGUAGUACUUUUAUUUCUGGGUGUGGUUCUUCCUCUCUACCCCCAGUCAGUUAGUUAUCCUCCCCAGUUUUCAGAGUCUGAUCAGCCUAUCAUAAGAAUCCCCACCCAGACCGCUUUUCUCUCCGGCAGAGGUCUGUCGAAAUUGACCUCUUCAUCUGCCUCUUUGUGAGGGAAGAAUUCUCUAAUUAAGUGUUUAAAGGGAAAAGACAAGACAGCCAAAAAUCUGUGAUUAUUGAAACAGCUCCACAUCUCGCCAGGUGUGAGAGGUCUUAUUUAUUAGUAGCCUUUAUUUUGGGAUUUCCAUUGGUUGGUAAAUUAUUAUUACUAUUACUGUUAUUUUGUUCCCUGUUUUGAGAGAGUGAUUUCAAUAUUAAAAAAACAACCUGUAUCUUUUAUCCUCUCCUCCUACCUUUUUGUUCUGUAGUGACUGUUGUACUUUUGACCUGUGCAAUAUUGUACAAAAUUGAGAGCCCUGCUUCUCCGUCCACUGAGAGAAGCAGACGUUUUCACUGUGUAAUCCCGGUCAUUCCUUUAGAAGGAGGAAAUUAAGAAGGGGGGAAGGAAGGAAGGAAACAAGGAUAGAUAGCAAUGUUUAGAGGAGUAAGAUAGACAUACUGGAGCGCUUUAAGUGAAGGACAAUCAAUUUAGGAGAAUUUUAACUUAUUUGAUAAAUGUACAGAUUUCUUGUAAAGUUCACCUUCAACUCCGCAGGGCUCCUUGCUCUGCCGCCCAAUCUUCUGUUCUCUUUCUGUCGGCUACACCUGUUGUUCUGUGAUAGUUUGUCGUCCCCACCCCCAGUCUCCCUCACCUCUGCCCGGGUUCAGUCCCUUUUUAAGAAAAAGAGAAAAAAAACCCCACAAAAUAUUGUUAUACAAUGUUGUCGUGAAAUUGAAUUAAUUAAAAAGAAAAGA